CCCAAGUCUAUUAGGAUUAGGGAGUGAGCCAUUAUUUCCAACUCAAAUUUCACUCCAGAUUUUUUCAGUGCAUCAUUGCAACCUUGAAGUUCGUUACCAUCAUCACCGGCAAACUGUAAAAAUCUCGACUUCGCGGAAUUUAAUGUACUGAUUGAUCUACACACGCUUCAAAACCCUAAAAUAUCGAAGCAAAAUUCGAUUUUCCUGCAAACUAACCAACCAUCUACCCAAACCAUGGCAACGCCGAAACCCUCGACGAGGACGCCGGCGGAAAUAGAGGACAUCAUCCUCCGGAAGAUAUUCCUUGUCUCCCUCAUCGACUCCAUGGAGAACGACUCUCGAAUCGCCUACCUCGAGAUGACGGCCGCCGAGAUUCUGAGCGAGGGCAGGGAUUUGCGGCUUUCCCGCGACUUGAUGGAGAGAGUAGUGAUCGAUCGCCUCUCCGGCGAAUUCCCGGCGGCCGAGCCGCCGUUCCAGUACCUGCUCAAUUCGUACCGCCGCGCGCACGAAGAAGGGAGGAAAAUCGCGUCCAUGAAGGAUAAGGGCGUUAGAUCGGAGAUGGAAAUUGUGGUGAGGCAAGCUAAGAAAUUGGCGGUUUCGUACUGCAGGAUUCACUUGGGGAAUCCCGAUAUGUUCCCCGAUGGCGAGAAGAACAAGUCGAGCGUGUCCCCUUUGCUGCCGUUGCUGUUUUCCGAGGUCGGCGGUAGCAGUCUCGACGGAUUUGGAGGGAGCAGUAGUAGUGGGGUUUCUGCUCCUCCUGGUUUUCUAGAGGAGUUUUUCAGGGAUGCCGAUUAUGAGUCGAUCGAGCCAGUUUUGAAGCAGCUGUACGAGGAUCUGAGAGGGAGUUUGCUAAAGGUUUCGGCUUUGGGGAACUUUCAGCAGCCGUUGAGGGCGUUAUUGUUUCUGGUGAAUUUUCCGGUGGGGGCAAAGGCGUUGGUGAAUCACCCCUGGUGGAUUCCGAGGAGCUUUUUUUUGACCGGGAGGGCGAUGGAGAUGACCAGCAUAUUGGGGCAGUUUUUUCAUGUCAGUGCAUUGCCUGAUCAUGAUACAUUCAAGUGUGAGCCUGAUAUUGGCCAACAAUGCUUCUCUGAAGCUUCAACCCGCCGCCCGGCUGAUCUACUGUCAUCCUUUACAACUAUCAAAACUGUUAUGAACAACUUGUAUGAUGGGUUGGCAGAAGUUCUUAUGUGCCUUCUUAAAAACACAAACACUCGGGAAAAUGUUCUUGAGUACCUUUCAGAGGUCAUCAACAGAAACGCUUCUAGGGCACAUUUGCAGGUUGAUCUCUUAUCUUGUGCUAGUUCUGGCAUGUUUGUAAACCUCAGUGCUGUAAUGCUUCGCCUCUGUGAGCCAUUUUUAGAUGCAAGUCUGUCGAAAAGGGAUAAAAUUGAUCCUAAAUAUGUGUUUUACGGUGACCGUCUGGAGAUGAGAGGAUUGACUGCUUUGCAUGCAUCAUCAGAAGAAAUGUUUGAGUGGUUUGGCGGUAAUACUGCAAAAGUUGAUGCCUUGACUAAUACUGGUGAUUCUCACAACCGGUUGCUCCAAUCACUAGGAGCUACUAGUUCUGGCAGUAGUACAAAUGAACUUUCUGUCCUCCAAAGUAAUCAAGUAUCCAAAAGUAGUGGAAAAACCAAAUAUCCUUUCAUAUGUGAAUGUUUCUUCAUGACCGCUAGGGUACUCAACUUGGGGUUGCUAAAAGCAUUUUCGGACUUCAAGCACCUUGUUCAGGAUAUUUCUAGAUCUGAAGAUACUUUAUCCUCUUUCAAAGCAAUGUACGAGCAAUCACCUUCUCCACAACUGCAGCAAGAUAUCACCCGCCUUGAAAAAGAAAUUGAGUUGUACUCGCAAGAAAAACUAUGCUAUGAAGCUCAAAUAUUAAGGGAUGGUGGAAUUCUACAGCGUGCAUUGUCUUACUAUCGCCUAAUGGUAGUUUGGUUGGUUGGGCUAGUUGGCGGGUUUAAAAUGCCACUACCGCCGGCAUGCCCAAAGGAGUUUGCUUCUAUGCCGGAACAUUUCAUUGAAGAUGCCAUGGAGUUGCUAAUUUUUGCCUCGCGAAUUCCUAGAGCUUUAGACGGAGUCAUGCUGGAUGAUUUUAUGAACUUCAUCAUUAUGUUCAUGGCUAGUCCAGAAUACAUUCGAAAUCCAUAUCUAAGAGCUAAAAUGGUUGAAGUCCUCAAUUGUUGGAUGCCUAGGAGAAGUGGCUCAAAGGCAACAGAGACUUUGUUUGAAGGGCAUCAAUUAUCCCUCGAAUAUCUAGUCAGGAAUCUUCUGAAACUUUAUGUUGAUAUUGAAUUCACUGGAUCACACACGCAGUUCUAUGACAAGUUUAACAUCCGUCACAAUAUUGCGGAACUCUUGGAGUACUUAUGGCAGGUUCCUAGUCAUCGCAAUGUUUGGAGAAGGAUUGCCAAGGAAGAGGAAAAGGGCGUCUACUUGAACUUCUUGAACUUUUUGAUUAAUGAUAGUAUUUAUCUGUUGGACGAAAGUCUAAACAAGAUUCUUGAACAUAAAGAAUUAGAAUCUGAGAUGUCUAAUACUGUGGAGUGGGAAAGAAGGCCUGCCCAAGAGAGGCAGGAGAGAACUCGGCUUUUCCACUCUCAGGAGAAUAUUAUUAGGAUUGAUAUGAAAUUGGCCAAUGAAGAUGUGAGCAUGCUGGCAUUUACUUCCGAACAGAUCACGUCUCCUUUCCUGCUGCCAGAGAUGGUUGAAAGAGUUGCCAGUAUGCUGAAUUAUUUCCUAUUACAACUCGUGGGUCCUCAACGAAAAUCCCUCACCUUGAAAGACCCUGAAAAAUACGAGUUUCGCCCCAAACUGUUGCUAAAGCAGAUUGUUAAUAUAUACGUCAACCUCGCCCGAGGAGACAAGGAUAACAUUUUCGCCUCAGCUAUCAUAAGGGAUGGCCGAUCAUACAACGAACAUCUAUUUGAUGCAGCAGCCGAUGUUUUGAGGAGAAUUGGGGAAGAUGUUAGAAUUAUACACGAAUUUGUUGAGCUCGGGAGAAAAGCUAAAGUUGCUGCCUCGGAAGCUAUGGAUGCCGAAGCUGUUCUUGGUGACAUACCGGAUGAAUUCCUCGACCCCAUUCAGUACACAUUAAUGAGGGAUCCUGUCAUUUUGCCUUCUUCCAAAGUCAUUGUGGAUCGACCCAUCAUACAGAGGCAUCUUUUGAGUGACAGCACAGAUCCAUUCAAUCGGUCGCAUCUUACUGUGGAUAUGUUGAUACCGGACGUAGAAUUGAAGGCGAGAAUAGAAGAAUUUAUUAAAUCACAAGGGUUGAAAAAGCAUGGUAAUGAAAACAUGAGCAUGCAGCAGGAUAAAGCCACCAUUCAGACAAUAGAUACAACUUCUUUGAUUGAUUGAUUAGCUCAGAUAUUUAUGGUGACAUAAUCUCUGUAUAAAUUCGCUUGUCAUAGGUAAAAUGUUAUAUUUACAUAACCUUUAUGCUUUUUACCUGGAAUCUUUUGUCUGGGAUGCUGUUCUGUGUACUAUUCUAGUUCAUUUGGAAACUUGUUUAAGAAAAUAUUUGAAAAUUCAACUGAACAAUAUUUCUAAUAUUUGAUUCCUUGUCUCUCUUCUUCAUACAUUCAUUCUUAUUUUCAUCAUGAAUGAGAAAUCAAGACUUUUGACAUUCAAGGAUUUUUUUUUUCUUUUUUUUUUU